CUGAACCUCAUGCCACCUGCUCUAACCGAUCUGUCGUUCAAACCUCAAAAUUCUUCGUUUAAACUAAAAAAAACUCAGAAAUGGCGACUCCAAAGACCGAAGACACUCCAUCCACACCUUUGGACAUUGAGGGCUACGAUCUGGCCAAUUCCGGCCGCUUCAUGGACUCUUUGGUGACUUUGCUGAACGAAGCCUCCACUUGCAUGCUGCAGGUGAAGAAAAAUGCAGGAAUUUCCGCGGAAUGUUCAUCUGCAGUUCCGAUGAACGACGAGGAAAAGCGCGAUCAAAUGCAGGCGAUUGUGAGCGUGUUGAGUCAGAAUUGCAAGCGGCAGAUAACAGGAGAUGAAAUUGGCCAAUCGAAGUGUCCGGGGCCUCCCAAAGCGGAUUGUUUCACGCCCACUUCUUUGCCUAGGCAGACGGGCCGAGGACAGAGACCGACCAUGUUUAGGGGCAGAUGGAUCCGUCCAGCUACAGCCGCCAGAAUUCCAGCUACCCGCCAUCAGGGUACCACUAAUUGGGGCAGGUGAAAGCAAUGUUCCACCCCUUGCAGCGCAUUGGCAUGUGACAAAGUCAGAGCAAAAUUCCAGUAAAUCAUGGAACUGCCGAAUCCCGCCCCGAAAACCUGCGAACAGGAAAAAUUGAAAGCCAUGGUGGACAGUGUGAUCGAAUUCAUCACCGCUUCGCGCAACAUGCUCUGUGCCCUCAACCAGCGGCUUAAAGACAGCGCAAGAGCCAAGGAAGAGUCAAAGAAGCGGACGGAAGAUGAAAAUGCCAAACCCGCUAUCUACCAAGGUACCCAUUUCAGUCAAACCGC